GUCAAAUGACACUAUCCUAUCCUAACCCAGUUACCCGGUCAAACUGCCGAACAUCAUCGCAGUAACCAAUCCCCUCGUCCAUUCCACGGAUCGCCCACUUUCACUAUGCGGGGCCGAAGAGCGCUCACAUAUCUUGGGUGGGGAGGAAGAGGCGAUCCGAAUAUUAAACAGAGUAAUACUACCAUAUCUAUGUACUGGGUAUAGUACGUUGCCCAAGUACUUGACGGGUAGUUCCCGAGCACUGUUUGUAUCUGUGGCUAUUUAAACUCCUCAAUUGCCCAUCAGCAACUCUCUCUACAUACUCCAAACUAUCCCAGCAAGUUUGAUAUAUCAUCUUCAUCAUGUCGGCCAAACUCCACACCGUGCCUUUCCUCAUCAACGGCAGUGACCAUGUCAGCGAAACCACCGCCGAUGUUGUUUCUCCCGUAAACGGCGAGGUUACUCACCGUUACAGCAGCGCCGACGUCAAGGAUGCCAACUCUGCAGUAGAUGCUGCUGCUGAGGCUUUCAAGUCGUGGCGCAAGACAAGACCUUCGGAGCGUCGCGAUCUCCUCCUCAAGGUUGCUGAGAUCAUGGAAAGGCGGCAAGAGGAGCUGCGCGGGUACGCCAUGACAGAGUGCGGCAGUGAUGCUGCAUGGGCCAGCUUUGAUGUCAACACUGGUAUCAGCCACAUCAAGGAAAUUGCUGGUCGUGUAGGAACAAUUGAGGGUUCAAUUCCCACUGUCGCGGAUCCCAACACAACCGCUCUCGUCUUGAGAGAGCCAUAUGGUGUCGUUGUAGCCAUUGCCCCUUGGAAUGCUCCGUAUAUCCUAGGCACAAGAUCCGUUCUCUUCCCUAUUGCUGCUGGAAACACAGUUGUUUUCAAGGCUAGCGAGACUUGCCCUCGAACAUUUUGGGCAAUUGGCGACAUCUUCAGGGAGGCAGGGUUCCCCGAUGGUGUUCUCAACGUUAUCUACCAUGAGCGAGCCAACGCUGCAUCUGUCACGACAGCCCUAAUUGAGCACCCUCAAGUCAAGAAGAUCAACUUCACCGGUAGCACCCCAGUUGGUCGGCUCAUUGGCAAGAUUGCAGGUGAGAACCUAAAGCCUGUUAUCCUAGAGCUGGGUGGCAAGGCUCCCGCCAUUGUCUGGGAGGAUGCCGACCUUGACCUCGCCGCUCUGCAGUGCACGCUCGGAGCCUUCAUCAACUCUGGCCAAGUCUGCAUGUCCACAGAGAGAAUCUUGGUGCACAAGAACAUCAAGGACGAGUUCGAGAAGAAGCUUUCAGCUACUAUCGACCAGGUCUUCUCAUCCGCAGCCGACGCUCCUAUCCUUGUUGCAUCAGCGCCAGUUGAGAAGAACAAGGCAUUGAUUAAGGAUGCCAUCGCCAAGGGUGCUUCCUUGGCUCAUGGCGACGUCGAUGCUAAGGAGGUCAGCAACACUCGUAUGCGACCGAUUGUUGUCAGAGAUGUCACCGCCGAGAUGGACAUCUACAAGACAGAGUCAUUUGGCCCUACUGUCUCUCUUAUCUCUAUCGAGACUGAGGAGGAGGCCAUCAAGAUCGCCAACGACACAGAGUACGGUCUGAGCUCUGCUGUGUUUACCUCUGACCUUCAGCGAGGUCUUCGCAUUGCCCGCGAGAUCGAGUCAGGUGCGGUUCAUAUCAACAACAUGAGCGUUCACGACGAGAGUGGUUUGCCUCAUGGAGGAGCCAAGUCGAGUGGAUACGGCCGCUUUGGCACGUCUGCUGGUCUUGAGGAGUGGACUCGAACAAAGAACAUCACGUUCAAAAACUAAAUAGUAGCAAAAAAAUGAUACCAAUAGCGCAUAUUAAUAAAUAGGGUUACAUAACCAAUGUCUUGAUAGUGUAAGCCUUUAAGUUCCAGGGUGGAUAU